CGUGCUAAAAUGCCGAUCAGAUUCAUCGAUGUCUGCGAUCCGUUCAGAGCUGGAAGAAAAUUAACUCUGUCAUAGUGGGAGAGAACAGGCGUAUAGAGAGGGACAAAUACAGAAAUGUGUUAGCGAGUGAGUGGUCGCGGGGUGAGAGACAGCAAAACGGGACGAGAAGGAGAACUUUGGUUCUUCGCAUUCACGUUCACUAGUCGCGCGUGCGAUGCCAACGCUCGAUCGCAAACUAAUCGCAGACCGACUUCCAUGUCUGAGUCACUCGCUUACAGGUAGAUUGAAGGCUUGGUGAGAGAGAUAAGUUGCAUCGAACUGGUUUCGAAAGAAAGAAAAGAGAUGAAACCGGCCAACAUGAGAAUGUGUGUGCUAUUGGUGCAUGUGGUUCUUGUUGCGAUCACGCUGGCGAACGGAGACAAGAUCGAUAUACCUAUCCCGUGUAGAAACACGUCAGAUUGUAGGAAUAUGUCACUUCCGGGGGACGCUUUUUGUCAAAAAGGAUAUUGCAUGUGUCCGAGGCUAGACAAUGACGCUGAAGCUUGCUCUAGCAUUAAUACAUCUAUGCACGAGAAUAAAACUUCAGGUUCAUUGCUUUAUCGAAGAUGCAAGCAUGAACAAGACUGUCUUUUCGAGGGCGGAAUUUGCAAUUAUACUAUUAGCCAGUGCACUUGUUUAAAAAAUUAUGUACCGUCGAGCAACUUAAAAAGUUGCGUCCAAAAGAUCGACUCGUUCGAGGUUUCUUGCACAGAUAAAAAUCAAUGUUUAGCGUUUUUGGCGAACACUACUUGCGAGAACAGUACAUGCAUUUGUAUAUCUGGUUAUUAUCACAUAGACAACGCAUGUUGGAAAAUGGCCGGAUACGCUGAACCGUGCACAAAAAAUCAGGAGUGCUCGCACAUCGAAGGUAAUAUCUGCACUGACAACAAAACAUGCGGAUGCGCGGCGGAAACAGUAUUGAACACCAAUGGCACGAAGUGUUUGACGGCCGCCAAAAAGAUCCAGGACGAAUGUACGGAGUCGGUACAGUGCACAUUCGAGUUCUCGGCUUGCGUCAACAACGUGUGUCAGUGCAGAGAGGAUUUUCAUUACGAACGCGAAAUGACGAGGUGUUUCCCCAACAAAGCAAUCGGUAACGAGUGCGUGGACAAUUACGAAUGUUAUCAGGCCGAAGAUUACAAGAACGAUCCGCCAGUCAAGUCUAUGACGUGUGAUUCAAACAUAUGCACAUGUGCCGAUAAUUACAUCUUGAAUGUAGAAGACAAAUGCAUAAGCAAAAGCGCCGGCUCGUCUCUCAUGAUGUCCUUGUCGAUACUUGUUUGUGUGAUAUCACUAACUGUACUUUCGUGAGACGCAAAGUAUCAGUUCUCUGAAGACGUUGUUGAAUAACGUAUAAGUUAAGUUGAGUUCAUGGAGUUGGAUUUCAAAUAAUCAUAAAUAUAAUAUUGUGCAAGCGCCAGAGAAAUCUAAUCUCAAGAGGAAAGAAACACAAGUAGGACCACUGUAGCUGAAGAAGCAAUCUCGGUUUAUUCGCAAAUUAUAAUUACUCAUGCUAAUAUUUGCGAGAAUUUUUCUGAAGGAUUCUUCUCUAAAUUCUUCACGAGCAAUAAAAAUAUUACGUUAACGUGCAUCAAUCUAAUCAAACGGUGUCUCACAAAAGGAUGCGUACAAUUCCAUGAAUUCCUAUGUACAUAUGUGAGAGUGACAGUUCGAGAGUGAAAAAGAGAAGCAGGAAACACGAAGAAUGAAAUAAAUGGUAUUGCUCAAGCUUCAAUAAUAGAUUAUAGCUUUAUUGCAUACAGAUUUAGAUGAUCAUACUUGCGAUUAAUCCGUAAUGUAUUUAAAAUAUAUGGUAAUAUAUUUAAACGAUAUACAAUGUCGAAAUACGCAUAAUAGCAAUAUCUUUUAAAGCGUAAUGUAAAAAUUGGCCGUAUUCGUCACUUUUAUUUUCGUCGUUAAUCACCAAGGUUGUAAUGUAUUUUCCGUAACAGUUGCAUAAAAUUCGAGGGGAAAAACGGCGUAAAACAUUAUCAAGUGACGUUGUAAUUACGCAGCAAAACAUUCGCGACGAAGGCGAAAAUUUAAACUAGACGCAUCAACAUAUUUAAAGCCUUCCACUCGCGUGCUUUUAAUUAACGCGAUUAUUAAUAUGCGGAUGCUGAUGUUCCAUAGCGUUACUGCUUCUUAGAAUGAUGCCAACUGAAUAGAAUUCGUAUGAGCGCAAAAGAAAACACUUAGUAAGUUGUUUGAAAUCCUUAUUUUUUUCAUAAAUUUCUCCUUUUUAGACCAGGCCACAAGAAUAUAUGAUAUUCAAAUAAUUAUUUAUUUCACAAUAAUAUUUUUCUUUUCAAAUUUAUUACUUCAAUUUAUAAAGUACCUGUAUAUAUUAUAAUUUACAAGUAUCUAUGGCGUAGUUCUAAAAGUGCGAAAACCUCAAAUUUUCAAAGCGCAUAUUGUACAUACACAUUUUGCAUAUUGUAUAAAAAUUUUAUAUUUUAUGUACAUAAAUAACAUAGAGAUAGCUUUGAAAUUUUGAUUUUGCCUUUUCAGAAUCAAAAUUGAACGUUAAACUUCAGCAUUCCUCUGCGUUUAUCUGUAGUUAAACUUCAGCAUUCCUCUACAUUUAUCUAUAGUUAGUAGCGAUAUCUUAUCGUACUAUUUUAAUGAAAAUAAUUUCAAUGAAAUUCACUGAAUUUUCAGUAACUGUUAGUAAAUAUUUUAUUACAAA